CGACCCAGGAGCCUUUGAGGCAAGAUGGCUGCCGAGUGCUGAAAAAAAGUUGAAAAGUUGACCAGCCAUAUUACUCUAGCAUGAAGCCACCAAAGAGAGAGAGAAAGGCGGUGCAGGAACCCGUGUACAAGGGACCCGUCGCCUACAGGAGGAGUACUCUGUCCACUAAAUGGAGCCUGAAGGACAAGAAAAAACUCCUGACUGCAUUAAAAAGGGUCCGUAGUCAUGAUGACUACACCAUCAUCAAGAAGUAUGUUAAGAACAAGACAGAAGAAGAGAUAAAAGAAUAUGUGACAAUGAUGAAGAAAAAAUCAGAGACCCUUGUGGGUAAAAGCUUGAAAAGCGAUAAGGAAGCUGAAAGAACACCCAUAGAGACGUGGCUGGAGACCUGUCGUGACUUGAUGAGGGAGGUUCCCGUGGAGUGUACACAGACAUUCUCUCAGGUGCUGACAGUCGCAGCUGCGGAACCAGCUAACCUGGAGGAGCCGGAUGACGCACCUGACUACCCUGCCAUCUACAACUACCUGUCCUGUCUCCUCAGGAAUGCCACUCCCCCCACACUCGCACCACUUGAUUCUGCAGUAGUUCUGGACCUUCUCCAGUCUUUAGCAGACAGACUGAAGACCACAGACGUGUCCCAGCUCAAGGAAUGGCUACAGAUGAGAUAUCAUGACCUGAACAAGUCUUACGUCCCGGACAGGCCUUGGCAGAAUCCAUUCAAACUUACACCAGAGGAUCUCAGCCUUUGUGAUCCUCCGUCAAGCGGCCAGAAGAAAGCAGACGACUCGUCAGAACAGACAUCAAAUAAGCAACAAACAACAACCAGUACACCUCCUGGCCACAACACUGAAGCAGCUACUACAGCUGAAGAUCUAGACAGUAAGAGUGCAAAUAAGGACACUACAAAAGAACCAUCCACAUCAACCGUUGAGCCUUCGACGUCUAGUGCUAGUAACAAGACACUAGGAGAUGGGAAGAAAGAAACUUCAGAUGAACGAAGCACCAAGGAAGUAGAGGAAAUCAUCUGUUUAAACCCACUACUGGUCCCUACAAAAUAUCUGGACCUGGAAAAGUUAGACUUUGAUAGUGAAGGAAGUGAGAGUGAAGAAGAAGACUAGAAUUAGAAACAGUAUUGAACAUUCUGAUUACAUUGAUUUAAAAUAGGAGCAGUUUGUUGCCAACAUGUCCAACCCUAUGGCACUUCAUGUUUUUAUAUUAUGAUAUGUUCAUACUUGUGACAUACACAAUGUAGGAAGAUUUGUUUGUGUUAAUAAAACUGUAAUGUUU